AUGACCCGGAAUAGUGGAUCUCCAGAACCCAUUGAAUCCCAAGACAAUGUUGAACAAGAUGCUCGCAACAUCAACGACGGAUCGUCUCAUGCUAGUUUCGAAACCUUGGUUCUUGAACAAUUGGCAAGAAUCCAAAAUCAGAAUGAUACGUUAAAGCUGCGUAUUCAGCAACUAGAAGAAGAUCAACAAGAAUUUUACCUUGACACUUGCAAGAAACUUGAAAGAUGCCUGCGAAGUUCCAGUCAAGGUACCGAUGAAGUGGGUCGUAUGAGAGAGGUGUUCAAAGAGAUUGUGGCUAUUAUGAGCGGUGAGAGAGUACGCUUUUUGGACCAUUCUGACGAAAAUGUCACUUCCCAGGAUGCAGCGAAUAUGGGCGAACCCCAAUUACCGGGCUCCAACGAUCUUCAAUCCCUUCAUCGCAUGCAGCAGGCUGCUAUAAGAUCCGGGGCGAGAAGAAGUAAUCAUCCGAAUCAGGUCAUUAAACAGGAGAACACUGAACUGUGGCAACGUCUAAAUCAUCCUGAUUUUUCGCCUCCAAGCGCACCACCAGUUGGGGCCUCAAGAGACGACGAAGAAGACGAAAACAUUCACGACAGAGCAGCAAACUACCGUCUGAAUCGACUUCUCAAAACUGUGCAGGAUCUAGCUAGAGAGUAUUUUGAAGGUCUACAAGGACAACCUUCUGUGGUAGCUCUGGAACGACGAUUUGGGCCAAGCUGGCGAUGUAAGGGCUCUGAGAGAUCUUUCUUCGCUAAGAGAAUGCAUAUAAUCCAAAGAAUAAUUGACAUCAGAGACAACCCAGCCAAGUAUGGGCUUCCGGCUGAUAUGACUUUGAAAAAGGCGACCCGGGUCGUGGAAAAUAUGCGACUGGGGAACAACUCAUACCAUGGAGAAUCCACUCGAAUGACUCUAAACCAGCUGUAUAUGUAUCUGGCAAAGAAAAUGGACCGACCAGAAGACUACAGCCUGCAAUUGCGGAAUUUUGCAAGACCUCGCAGGGUUCAGCUGUUUGAAAAACGGCAAGGCGAGCACAUAGAAUUCGAAAGCGCUAAUACUCAUCAAGACGCGGAUGAAGAGGCUAUGGUUGCGACUUCACCACCGUCUGGUGACAGUCGGCCAGAAAACGAAUCUCCAGUCACAGCACCAGUUUGA